UUCCUAAUGAUGCCAGAAGUGUGGUUGCCGUCUCCUAUAUAAGUUUGGUGUGCCCUUCCCCGGAUGCAUAUGCCUGGAAGGACACCUGCUCCUCACAAUGAAUGCUCUUCUGGGCAGCCUCCUGGUUUUGGCCACCUUUGUGACUGUAUGCAAUGCCCAGUGCUUCGUCAUACCUCGUGAGAACAUUCCAGGCAAUUUACCUAAUGAAUGCAAGGAUCUGGAUGGAGUCACACACCCGAUGAACUCAAAGUGGAAGACUAAGAGCUGUCAGGAGUGUUCUUGUGACCAACAUGGAAUCAGCUGUUGCAACACCGUUGCUAUACCUGCGGAUUAUGACACAACCAAGUGCGAGAAAAUCUUUAACGAGAAGACCUGCAGCUACAAGGUGGUGGAGCGGAAUGACCCAGAAAAGACCUGUCCUGUCAGUGGGUGGAUAAUGUAAUGUGCUUCCAGUAGGCCAGGUGCUCACGUCUUCUCAGGCUGGCCUCAUUCUCCUAUGGCCUCUAACAGUCCAUGCUGGUGUAACCCUACCUAUCAGUAAAAAAUGUUUCAGCAACCACUUGAA